AUGUCGGAUUAUUCAAAAUACACUAUUGGGUGGAUCACAGCUAUUGAACCCGAGUAUAUCGCCGCUCGACAGUUCCUUGACGAUGGACCUACCAAUCUAAACGUCCCGAACGACCCCAACCAGUACAGUCUCGGGCGAGUUCAUAACCAUAAUGUCGUCAUCGUCCGCCUCCCUCACGAGGAAUAUGGCGUAGAUGUCGCAGCAGCCGUAACGGCACACAUGCUGCAAACCUUCCCCAACAUUCGUCUGGGGUUAAUGGUUGGCAUUGCAGGCGGUGCACCGGGUCCCAAGCACGACAUACGCCUAGGCGACGUUGUGGUUGGCACAGGCCACGAGGGCCAAGGCGGCGUAUUCCAAUACGAUUUCGGAAAGACGAUCCAAGAUCAAGCAUUUCGUCACACUCGACUCCUGGCGUCGGCAAACAGAACUCUUCGGGCGGCAGUCGGCCAACUAAAAGUGCAGCACCGAGAGAACGGACAUACGUUUGACAAGCAAAUCGAAACGCUAUUGCAAACAAAACGACGCCUCCGAAAAGAAUAUUCUCGCCCAAACGCCUCACAGGACAAACUCUAUCGAUCCAAUGUCGUCCACCCUGAAGGCUCGUCGGGCUAUUGCGUCGACAACGUCGAGCGAGCGGUACCCAAGAUCGAGAAAAUCAACCGCGAUAUUGCCUUUAUGAGAUUGCCAACCGCAAAUGGCGCUACGUUCGAUGACCACGCGAACGAACACGACCCCGCCUGCCACCCCGACACCCGCUUCGAAAAGCUCUUCUUAGAGCCGUUGAACAAAUGCAACGGCGCCAAUUUCCAGCCGCUCCUUGUGGUGGUGGAUGCCCUUGACGAAUGCGAUCGAGAAGAAGAUGUAACUACUCUUAUUCGUCUUUUUCCCAAAGCUGAGGAAGCGAAAUCUUACCAUCUCCGGUUUUUCGUUACCAGCAGACCCGAGUUGCCUAUCCGCCUUGGCUUUAAAGAUAUUGGCGACAAAUAUAAAGACUUGGCUCUCCACGAGGUUCCUGAGUCUGAUAUAACAAAGGACAUUUCUACAUUUCUACGCUUUGAGUUAGAUCGCAUUCGGCAAGAUUUUAACAAAACUGUGCCGAGACCAGGGUUGACGCCCGAUUGGCCCCCACUCGCGAGUCUUAAGGAUCUUGUCAAUAUGGCUGUACCGUUGUUCAUUUUUGCAUCGACGGCUUGCCGUUUCAUUGCCGAUAGCGAAUUUGGCAAUCCUUGGGAGCAGCUAAAUAAAAUCCUUAAAUAUGAAGGAAAAGGCCAGCGGUCUCGGCUUCACGCGACAUAUCUCCCGAUCCUGAACCAGCUUCUUCUACAACGUACGAAUUUAGGGUUGGUAGAACGCACGAAGAGCGAACAAGCCGAAAUAGUUGAAUGGUUCCGCGAUAUUGUCGGAACCAUCGUAAUUCUUGCCGACCCUCUCCCCUCCGCAUCAUUGGCAUGCGUUCUAGAUCGAACAGAGCUCGACGUUACCUCGAAGCUGCGCAGGCUGCACUCUGUUCUCAAUAUUUCGGAUGAUCCACUCGCCCCCGUGAAAUUACUCCACCUGUCUUUUCGCGAUUUCCUCGCCGACAACGAAAAUCACGAUGGGAACCUCUUUUGGGUCGACGCUCAAAAAACCCACAAACAACUGGCGAAGCGUUGCCUCAAACUAUUAUCAACUAGCGACAACCUCAAAAAAGACGUCUGCAAUCUACGUAAACCUGGGAUAUCCCGGUCCGAGAUUAGUGAGCAAAUUAUCAGUACUGCCCUGCCACGGGACGUCCAAUAUGCCUGUCGCUAUUGGGUAUACCAUUGGAAGGAGAGCAAAGUACGGAUACGAGACGACGAUAUUGUCCACGGGUUUCUGGCGAAGCAUUUGCUUCACUGGCUUGAAGUAUUGGGCAUUAUAGGGCGGAUCCGGGAGAGCGCAGCAGGGCGUUGGAUAGGUUUGACUGCGUACGGUACCUAG